UAAUGCGCUGCUGUGAUUGGUUGCCUGAGUGAGUUAAGAGAUGUGAUUGGUCCUCAGAGCACGUAAGACAGACUCUCACUUCCUCCCUCUGCUUCCUGGCUGCCUGCACGCCUCCUGCUGCCUCUUCAUCUCGCAACUUAAAAAACCCCAAAAAGUUGAGUUUUUACUUUUUGUGUUUCAGGAUCGUCGCGUGUUGCAGAACAGCAGCAUGGCCUCCACACCAGAGCUAAACAUCGGACAGAAGCUCAAUGAGGGAAAGACGAAGCAGAUCUUCGAGCUCGCGGAUCAGCCCGGACUGGUCCUGGUCCAGUCCAAGGACCAGAUCACGGCUGGGAACGCCGUGAGGAAGGACCAGAUGGAGGGCAAGGCAGCCAUCGCCAACAGAACCACGAGCUGCGUGUUCAAGCUACUGCAGGAGGCUGGCAUUAAGACUGCCUUUGUGAAGCAGCACUCGGACACGGCGUUCGUCGCCGCCCGCUGUGAGAUGAUUCCCAUCGAGUGGGUUUGUCGCAGAGUGGCCACCGGAUCCUUCCUCAAGAGGAAUCCAGGGGUCAAGGAAGGCUACCGCUUCUCCCCCCUGAAGAUGGAGAUGUUCUUUAAAGACGACGCCAACAACGACCCCCAGUGGUCCGAGGAGCAGCUGCUGGAGACCAAGUUCUCUCUGGCCGGGCUCACCAUCGGCCAGUGCGAGGUGGACAUCAUGAACCGCAGCACUGUGGCCAUCUUUGAGAUCCUGGAGAGGUCCUGGGCUACUCAGAACUGCACGCUGGUGGAUAUGAAGAUCGAGUUUGGGGUGAACAUGAAGACUCAAGAGAUCGUCCUCGCUGACGUGAUUGACAACGAUUCGUGGAGGCUGUGGCCGGCUGGAGACCGGAGCCAGCAGAAGGAUAAGCAGGUGUACCGCGACCUUAAGGAAGUUACCCCUGAGGCCAUGCAGAUAGUGAAGAGGAACUUUGAGUGGGUCUCUGAAAGGGUCAAGGUACAUUGAACCUAAAGCUUCUGUGUUAUCUGGACCGGCGUUUGUUUGCUUCUAAUCAACAUGUUUCAACAGACGCACACAGUUCAUUGUUGACUUAUCUGAGCUUUGUUGCUCUCCUCCGUCUGAUCGAUUUCUUAAACUCUUCAUUCAAGAGUUGUUAGUUGUCCCUUCUUCAAGGUGCUGGAUUUCUUUAUAUAAAUAUAUUUAUUUUACUGCCGUUUUGAAGCCUCAGGUUCGGCAUUUUUCCCGUCGCCGUCUUGUUUUUGUGACACAAGAGGGUGGAGCCAAAAAACGACCAAACGCUC